AAUGAAUUGUGCAUUUCAUAACUAAUGUCCAAUAUUUAUGAUAUGCGUUUCUUCACAUUAAUGUUAAAGAAAGCUUUGUGUUGAAUGCUUACAUGAGUAAGGACAGGGUUUUCAUAAAUCACUUUUAAUUGAUAAGUUUGCAGUACAAGCUGCUUAGAAAUUAAAGGAAAAAAAGCUUGAUGAAACAUCUGAGUUAUCAUAAUACAUAAUGUCUUUUAAAUCCAUGCUCUCUCAAACCGAAAGUAUUAUGAAGAAAAUUUAGAAAGAUUUAUCUUAAUCAAUCAAAUAACUAAAUGAUUGGAUAGAACAGGUAAACAACUCAUACACUAAUCUUAUAUAUGAAACUAGUAAUCUAGCAGAAUCCUCCUAAAUUGUUUUAGAAAAACUAGUCUCCAUUGUAGAAGGAAAUGCUGAGAAGAAUUCUUUAGUCAUGUAGUUAGAAAAGAUCAACAAGUGGUUGGAUCAAGAAAUUAGGGCUUUUAUUGAAAAGAUAAAUGAAGAAAUUGUAAAAACUUAACCCUUAAUUAAGUAAGUAUUUAGAUCUUAUUCUAUGGUUCAAACUAAUUCAUAAGAAGACAAAGAUUGUGUAAGGAAAUAAUAGUUUAGUAUUUAAACUAAUUAAGAAGAAGACGAUUUUAAAUGUGAAAUCUUAAAAACCUAUGAAAUAAAGAAGUUGGAUGGUCAUUGUGGUGGAGUCAACUCAAUAUGUUUCUCCCCUGAUGGUAUUUCAUUAGCAUCUGGUAGUCAUGAUUAUUCUAUUCGUUUGUGGAAUUCUAAAUCAGGAUAAUAAAUAGCCCAAUUUAAUGGUCAUAGUGGUUGGGUCAACUGUGUAUGCUUUUCUCAUGAUGGUAAUACAUUAGCAUCUGGUAGUGGAGAUGCUUCUAUUUUUUUUCCUGAUAACUCUAUUCGUUUAUGGGAUGUUAGGACAGGAAAAUAAAAAGCAAAAUUGAAAGGACAUAGUGAUUAUGUAUAUUCAGUAUGCUUCGCUCCUGAUGGCACUAUAUUAGUAUCUGGUGGUGGUCGUAGAAAUUCUAAUUUAAAUGGAGAUCACUCUAUACAUUUAUGGGAUGUUAAGACAGGAUAAUAAAAAGCCAAAUUGGAUGGUCAUAGUAAUUCAGUGUAGUCGUUAUGCUUCUCUCCUGAUGGUAAUACAUUAGCAUCUGGUAGUACAGAUAACUCUAUUCGUUUAUGGGAUGUUAAAACAAAAUAAGAAAAAGCAAAAUUUAAUGGUCAUGUUCGUUUUGUCUGGUCAGUAUGUUUCUCUCCGGAUGGUGGUACAUUAGCAUCUGGUAGUGCAGAUAAUUCUAUCCGUUUAUGGGAUGUUAGGACAGGAUAAGAAAAGGCCAAAUUGGAUGGUCAUACUUGGGAUGUUCAAUCAGUAAGCUUCUCUCCUGAUGGUACUACAUUAGCCUCUGGUAGUUGGGAUAGUUCUAUCCGUUUAUGGAACGUUAAGACAGGAGAAUAAAAAGCCUAAUUGGAUGGUCAUAAUGGCAAUGUUUUCUCUGUAUGCUUCUCUCCUGAUGGUACUACGCUAGCAUCUGGUAGUAAUGAUUUGACUAUCCGUUUAUGGAGUGUUAAGUUGGAAAACUGUAUUGAUUAUUGA